UUGGACAAUUUGUCAGAAAAUUUUUUUAAGUGCGUUUGUCGUGAAAUUUCUAAUUGUUUGUUUUCAAUUAUUACUCACGAAAAGUAAGCCAUAAUAACCAAUAAAAAAUAGUGCGUUCCCCUUUCACAUGUGCAUCGUUCCCUAGCGAACAGUAGCGAAACAGGAAAGGCUCUAAAAUAUUGUAAACUAAAAAUAAUUAUUGUAACGACCAAGUGUACACUAAAGUAAAUAGAUAAUACACAAAUUGUAAACAUGUCCAGCUUACCACGUCGCAUCAUCAAGGAAACUCAACGCUUGAUGCAGGAGCCUGUGCCCGGCAUUAAUGCCAUUCCUGAUGAAAACAAUGCACGCUACUUUCAUGUUAUUGUAACGGGUCCAAAUGAUUCGCCUUUCGAAGGUGGCGUUUUUAAAUUGGAAUUAUUCUUGCCCGAAGAUUAUCCCAUGUCAGCGCCAAAAGUACGUUUCAUUACCAAAAUUUAUCAUCCGAAUAUUGAUCGCUUGGGACGCAUUUGCUUGGAUGUACUCAAGGAUAAGUGGAGUCCAGCAUUACAAAUUCGUACAAUUCUGCUUUCAAUUCAGGCGCUUUUGAGUGCACCCAAUCCAGAUGAUCCACUAGCAAAUGAUGUCGCAGAAUUGUGGAAGGUGAACGAGGCUGAGGCCAUCAAGAAUGCACGUGAAUGGACUCAGAAAUAUGCCGUCGAAGACUGAAGUGCAAAGUGAAGUGUUUGCAGCAGAAAACAAACGACGAUGAACACGAGCGGUGGAGCUGCAUGGAGUGUGGCGGGGGUUUGGGCAUAGCAUGAGAUCAACACGUGAAUACAACGGCUGUUUGUUGGUAAACAAGUGAUGGGGUGGGGGAACAUGGCGUAGUUGUAUUGUGUGUGAAACAAGAAAUGGAAUUAUAUAAUAACAAUUAAGUAGAGUAAUAUUGCGUAAAAGAAUUGCUAACUGGCUAAAGAAGAACAACUAUUUUCCGGUAUGCUGUUUAAUAUUUUUAAAACACUAUACACAUUAAUACAUUGAGAUGCUGACGUCUUGAUGUUUUUAAAAGUAAAACUCUACCAAGCAAAACAUAAACACUACAACAAGCAAAUGAGUAUAAUAAAUGAAAUACAAAACAGUAAUAAAGUUAUUGAUGAUGCAAAAAAAUAAUAAAAUACAAAAAUUGCUAUAAGUACAUACAAUAAAACAUAAAUAUAUGUAUACUCUUACGAUACACUUUAAUACAAGCUAAAUGAUAUGAUAAUAGUUUAAAUAGAAUAUAAAAAAACUAAAUGCUAAAUCACUUGUAAGAAGAUGCAACAACAACAAUAACUAUGCGAUAUUUGAUUCCAACUUUUAUACGGUCUACAUAUGGCUGCUAAGAUGAGCGUUUGAGUAAAGAGCGCAACACAACCUUUCAACAAAAUGCCGGUUACCGCUUGCUACUGGCUUUCGUCCACGUAUGUACGUUGAUAGAAGUGUUGCACGUUACUGUGCGCGCUCGUUUGCUAAGUCGCUGUGUGCUAUUUAUUCACAUUUUCUUUUAGUUGCGCUAACAAUAUUACGUUUAGCCGUCUAUUCUUAUAGCAAUUAUAUUCUUUUUUGCAUUUUAAAUUCUAAGCCACUCUUAUACAUAUGUAUCUACAUGUAAGCACGCCGCAUGUUGACGUUGUAGAUAUUCUGCGUUAAGGAAGUUGCUAUUAAUAUUUAAAGAACAAUGAAAUUUGAUUAAUCAUUAGAGAGUGUACACUUCAAAAAAAAACACUGAUGUUACUUUUAAUUUUGUAUGAUUAUAUGUUUCCUUAUUAUUUUCAUUAUAAUUAUUAGCAUUAUUUAAAAAAUCCUAAAUAGGUAUUUUUAAAGUUUAAUGGCAUUUCAUGUACCAAGCUGCAUAAAAGUCAAGGUGAAAGCAAACGUCAAUGUGAAAACCAUUUGACAGCAGCGCUGCAUGUAUUGCUGCCCUUUCUAUUUGUUUGUGUGUAAAGCAAAAAUACCUUUAUAAAGUAAAAUAUAUGAAAUAUUAAGAAUCUGCAUAUUAUUUUUUUUAUUUCUUAAAGAGUUAGUUGAAAUAAACGCGAAACCUGAAUUGUAAGAUAAAAAAUAAA